UACACACGCACACACACACACGUGAUAACAAGGUAAACAGAAACUAGCUACUUCAUAAGUUAAGUACGUGCGGAUGCUAAAGAAGUGCACAUCCAGGGCUCCGCUGGUGUACGAGGUACUGCUUAUAACUAGUCUGAUCUGAACACACAGAGAUGGAAGAGGUUAGCUGCUUGAUGGAGAAUGGUGCAGGCAGUAUGAUGGAGAGAGGACUCACUGAUCGAACCAAGGAGCUAGUGGAAGAAUGGCUGAGGCUGGACAAGGACCCAGUCACUCGUGCUGUGAUAGAGCGUCUGCUUGGAGAGGAGAAUGAAGGAGAGCUCAACUGUCGACUAGGCUCGAGGAUGGCAUUCGGAACAGCAGGUCUUCGUGCCAAGAUGGGGGCUGGCUACAGUAUGAUGAACGACCUCACCAUCAUUCAAACCACUCAGGGCCUGGCCAGCUACCUCCUGCAGUGCUUCACGCCCUCACAGGUACUGGAAAGGGGUGUGGCUAUCGGCUAUGAUGCACGAUACAAUAGCCUCCGGUUUGCACAACUCACUGCCUCGAUAUUCCUCAACAAAGGGUUCAAAGUUCGUCUGUUUUCCCACCACGUUCCCACCCCCUAUGUGGCGUAUGCUGUACUCCACUAUGGUUGUGUAGCAGGUGUUCAAGUCACUGCCUCUCACAACCCAAAGGAGUAUAAUGGCUACAAGGUUUACUGGGACAACGGGGCACAGAUUAUCCCCCCUCACGAUGUUGGCAUAGCAACGCAGAUUGAGGCCCAGUUGACCCCUUGGGAGAGGUCAUGGUUCACGGAGGUCAUUACUAGCAGUCACCUAGUGAGUGACCCACUGGCAGGCGUUGAGGAGUGCUACUACCAGGCCAUACAGAGGCAUUGUGUCAGACGUGUGUUCAAUUCUGAGCCUGGUUUGAGGUACACCUUCACACCCAUGCAUGGAGUGGGCGGGGAUGCUGUGGUCAAGGCCUUCCAAGCAUUUGGACUACCAGAGCUGAUACCAGUCAAGGAACAGAUGACCCCUGACCCUGACUUCCCCACUGUCCAGUUCCCUAACCCAGAGGAAGGAAAGAGUGCCCUUGACCUGGCUAUGCGUACAGCUGAGGAGAAUGGGAGUUCUGUGAUCCUCGCCACUGACCCUGAUGCUGAUAGACUGGCUCUGGCUGAGAGGCAUCCCACUACUGGACAAUGGAAGAUAUUCAGUGGGAAUGAGACAGGGGCUUUGUUGUCAUGGUGGGCCGUCAACAUCUACAAGGACUCACUUACUUCCUCCUUUGAUGGGUCUAAGGUGUAUAUGCUGGCCAGCACAGUGUCCUCCAAGUUCAUCCGAUCUCUUGCUAAAGAGGAGGGCUUCAACUUUGAGGAGACACUGACAGGGUUCAAGUGGAUGGGCAAUAGGACCCAUAGCUUGCAGGCUGAGGGAAAGACAGUGCUGUUUGCUUAUGAGGAGGCUAUUGGCUACAUGUUUGGCAGUACAGUACUGGAUAAAGAUGGCAUCAGUGCAGCUGCAGUGUUGGCAGAGUAUGGCGGAUGGCUCCACUCUCAGGACAAGACUUUCCAUGAUCAACUCGCCAUUCUCUACCACAGGUAUGGCUACUACCUCACACAUGUCUCCUACUAUAUAUGCUAUGACCAAGUCACUAUACAGAGGAUCUUUGACAGACUGCGUGGCAACAAGGAGUACCCCACGAGGUGUGGGAAACACAACGUGACCUCUGUGGUAGACCUCACUGUCGGCUAUGACAGCACAAGGCCUCCUCACUACCUUCCGGUAUUGCCAGUGGACCCUCGCUCUCAACUCAUCACCUUCACUCUGGACAACAACUGUGUGUUCACACUCAGGACUAGUGGGACAGAACCAAAGGUCAAGUACUACGUUGAGCUAUUCACUGAACCAAGAACCAAGACCCCGGAGGCAGAGCUGAGGGCCACUCUCAGUGACACUGUGCAGAGCAUCAUGGAUGAAUUCUUACAGCCUGAUAUGAAUGGACUUUUACCACGACCAACUUGACAGUGUCGAUAUUUGUGUUUGUGUAGUAUUUUAUGUGUAGAAUCUAGUGCUGUGUUGCCUGGUGAUUUUAAUAAUUAUUCUGCAAUGUCAAAAAACAA